AUGGAUUAAUAGCAAUUUGACUCUGAAUUGCAAACUUAUUUUCUACAUAUUAAACAUGAAAUCAAAUAGGAACAUAUAGAAUAUUUGAAAAAGCAUCCAGAGUUAAAUUAAAUAUUAAAUGACUUCACAAGUUAGAUAAUAUUAGAAAAACCAGAUAAUGUUUAUCAAUAUGCUAAAGAAUAUUUCAGUUUCUUCAAUUAAGAAAAAGAUCUGAAGACUUGUAAGCCAUUACUAUUUUCAGGAGCAAGUGGAGUUGGAAAAGGAACCUUAUUAUAGAUGCUAUUUAAAUAAUAUCCACAAUAAUUUGUGUUUAGUGUGAGUUACACAACAAGAGCACCAAGACCAGGUGAAGUUCAUGGAUAACACUAUUAUUUUGUUAGCAAAGAAGAAUUUUAGAAAGAAAUCGAAAAGAAGGCUUUUUUGGAAUAUUGUGAAGUUCAUGGUAAUUAUUAUGGAACUCAUUUGGCUCAAGUCUAAAAAGUUAUGAAGCAAGGAUAAGUUUGUGUUAUUGAAAUUGAUGUCUAAGGAGCUGAAAAGAUUAGUAAAUCAAUGCCUAAUCAAUGUAAUUAUAUUUUCAUUAAUGCUCCCUCCAAUGAAGAAUUGAGAAAGAGAUUGACUGGAAGGGGAACAGAAACAGAAGAAGUAAUUGAAAAAAGAAUGAAAAAUGCUGAAAAAGAGAUAGAGAAAGCUCAUUCAUUAGGAUUCUAUAAUGAAAUAUUAAAUGAUGAUGUACAAAAAGCAUUUAAGAAACUCAUUGACCUUCUCAAAACAUUUUAUGCCGAUUUAAAAUUAUGAUAUGAAAUAUAGAAUAUUCAAAAAAUAUACAAAACAAAAUGUUUAUAUUC